GGCAAGUACUUAAUAUCACCCCAGCCAGACGUGAUCCAGAGACGCUAUCUGCUAAACGCAUUCUUCUGACAGACUGCGCCUGUGAACUGCUCGCCUGUGUAAGUAACCGUACACUUGCGAUUUGUAGGCUGUUGCUUGUAAUGAAAGGGGGGUUUGCUGUUUGUUAAGUGCAUACAAUAAUUACACCUCAUGAAAGAAGAAAAAUCGCAUGUAAGUGGAACAGCGGGAAGGAGGUCGAGCUUCUGGAGGAGGAUUCUCGUGUCGCGGUGUAACUGUCGACCCAUCAUGGUCGCGUUCAAGGGGAUCUGGACCAAGGACUUCUGGAGGGCCGUGUCUGGGGAAUUCCUGGCCACGCUCAUCUUCGUCCUGCUCGGCCUGGGAUCGACCAUCAACUGGGGCGCGGCCGAGCGCGGCACCCCCUCCCCCCCCGCCGACCUGGUGCUCAUCUCGCUGUGCUUCGGCCUGAGCAUCGCCACCAUGGCCCAGUGCUUCGGCCACAUCAGCGGCGGCCACAUCAACCCGGCGGUGACGGCCGCCAUGCUGGUCACCCGCAAGAUCAGCCUGGCCAAGGCCGUCUUCUACGUGCUGGCCCAGUGCCUCGGGGCGGUGGUGGGCGCGGCGGUCCUCUCCCUCGUCACCCCGUCGGCGGUCAGCGGGGGCCUGGGUGUGACGAUGGUCAACCCCAAGAUCUCCGUGGGCCACGCCCUGGUCGUGGAGCUCCUCAUCACCUUUCAGUUGGUGUUCACCAUCUUCGCCACCUGCGACCCCAAACGCGCCGACCUGGGCGGGUCGGCCUCCCUGUCCAUAGGCCUGGCCGUGGUCAUCGGUCACUUGUUCGCCAUCCCUUACACCGGAGCCAGCAUGAACCCGGCGCGCUCCCUCGGGCCCGCGCUAGUGACUCUGAACUUCAGCGACCACUGGGUGUACUGGAUCGGACCGGUCCUGGGCGCCAUCCUGGCCGCCGGCUUGUACGAGUACCUGUACUGCCCCGACCCGGAGGUGAAGCAGCAGCGGCUGCAGCGGUCCGUCCACAAGGACCCGUCAGGGAUCUACAGGGAGGCGGGGGCGGGAGGCGGAGCCUACGAGGGCGACCAGUCCCCCUGGCUGACGGUGAAGCCCAGCUCCUCGGAGCCGACGGCGGAGGAGAAGAAGGGUUUUGUGGAGCUGCCCGUCGAAGCUAUGUCUUCCGUAUGACUAGCGGUGGAGAAGGAGACCAACCUCUGAACAACACUGAAGGAACCCAACGGGGCCUUAGUGUCACCUCCGGCAGCCAUCUUGGUUCCAAACCCACCAAACGUGCUUGGAACCAAGAUGGCUGUAGUCACUCAAAACAAGGAGAACCUUAAGUGCUUUGGAAGGAGAAGGAACGAUUAUGGUUCAAAUGUGAGGAUAUGUAGAGGCUAUGGAGUUGUAAAGCAUUACCAAUGUAUUAUGUUUUGGGUUGGAAAACAAAACUAAAAAACAUGACAGCUAAUUUCAUGUAAACCUGUUCUUCAAUCUGACUGUUAAACUUGUAAUCGACCUUGUUCUUAAUCCCCCAUUCCUCAGGUUUAAAACACCCCGCAAAAAUAACAGUUUACAGUAACACAACUCUGACCGCGUGAUGAGAUAUCAGGGAACUAUGCACCAGGGCAACCAAUGAGCUGGCGUCAUAAUGGCGAGUAUGAAUUGAGAUGAUGAAAAUCUCCCCUUGUUAUUUUUGGAUUACUGUCACUUAAGGUGUGGAUAACUAAUCAUUUAUAACUGUUACACCAUAGCUGAUAUUUUAGACAGUACAGGCACCUGCACAUAUUUAUUUAAUGCAUAUUAGAUUUCACAUUUCAAUCUAUAUCCUAAUACGUAUUUAUCUAUUGAUUGUUGUUAAUCUGCAUUGCACAGUGUGACUGGUAAAUUAUUGUUAUAGAUUGAAUAUGAGCAUACCUGGCUGUGUGUGUGUGUGUGUGUGUGUGUGUGUGUGUGUGUGUGUGUGUGUGUGUGUGUGUGUGUGUGUGUGUGUGUGUGUGUGUGUGUGUGUGUGUGUUUGAAACCCAGUCUCACAUCAAAAUAUGUAAGCUAUGUUGGUCCACAGUGGAAAAUAUAUUAGUUUCACAAUACCGUGUCUGAAAUUGUGAGAUGCCUACGUUUAUUUGGCCUAAUAUUUUCUAUAAGAAUUGUCUACUUCCCGUGACUACCAAGGCGCUGUCUGCAAAAUCAUUCAAAUUGGUUUUAAUAACAUUCCUGGCAAGAAAUUUGCUUUUUAUUUUCAUAAUCUUUGUUCAGUUUAAGCCGGCAUAUUCAUUUAUCUUUUAAUGAAUAAAUGACUCACUGGGUUUGUGUAAAUUA